AUGGCCAAUUCUUGGUGUUGUUGUUGGUGGCUAAUCACACUCUUUUCACUAAUAAUGUUCCUCCACUUCGGCGUCAACACGUUCACCGACUCCGAAUGGGGAUCCGGGCACGAAAACCCGGCCAUAUUCAACCCGGUGGGCCUCGCCGCCAACCAAUGGGUGGACACUGCCGUAGAAGCCGGGAUAUCGUUGGUAAUCCUCACGGCAAAGCACCAUGAUGGCUUCUGCUUGUGGCCUUCCAAGUACACUGAUCAUUCGGUCGUAAGAAGCCCUUGGAAGAAUGGCCACGGUGAUGUCGUCCGAGAGCUCGCCGACGCGGCUAAGGCCCGCGGCGUCGACGUCGGGCUUUACCUCUCGCCGUGGGAUCGGCAUGAUAGAAGAUAUGGCCAUGACUUGCCUUACAAUGAGUACUACUUGGCUCAACUACAAGAGCUUCUCAAAAAAUAUGGGAGUGUCAGCGAAAUUUGGUUUGAUGGAGCAAAGGGUGCAAAUGCAACAAACAUGACAUAUUAUUUCACAGAAUGGUUCUCUAUGGUUAAGGAGUUUCAAAGCUCCAUCAAUAUAUUUUCCGACGCUGGUCCGGAUGUCCGGUGGGUCGGAAAUGAGGCUGGGUCCGCCGGAAGAACGUGUUGGUCCACCAUUAAUCGAAGCUCACUCGCAAUCGGAAGUACAAGCACCAUGGAUUAUCUCGGCACCGGUGAUCCGAAAGGGAAAGAUUGGCUGCCACCGGAAUGUGACGUUUCAAUAAGACCUGGAUGGUUUUGGCACAAAUCACAGUCUCCAAAGACGCUAAGCCAAAUACUUGAGAUUUACUAUAACUCAGUCGGAAGAAACUGUGUUUUACUACUUAAUGUACCUCCCAACAAAACGGGGCUUAUAUCCCAAGAGGAUGUUCAAAGACUUAAGGAAUUUAGAAGCGCAAUUGACACAAUAUUCUCUACUAAUUUAGCACAAAAUUGUUUGAUCAAGGCUAGUAGCACAAGGGGUGGACAACAAGGUGGCUUUGGACCAGAAAAUGUGCUUGACAAUGACCAUUUGUGGACUUAUUGGGCUCCUAAAGAUGGUGACAACGGGGACCAUUGGAUAGAGCUUAGGGGAGGAGAUGAAGGGCUGAGAUUCAAUGUUGUAAGGAUUCAAGAGGCGAUUGGUCUUGGCCAGAGGAUCAAACGACACGAGAUUUACGUGGAUGGUAACAUGGUGGUGAACGAAACGACGGUGGGGUAUAAGAGAAUCCAUAGGCUUGAUGAGGGAUUAGUCCAUGGUCGAAUUGUGAGAAUAUUGAUUAAAAAGUCUAGAGGAGUGCCUUUGAUCUCUUCCGUUGGUUUGCAUUUUGACCCUUUUUGGCAUCCGGAUAAAAGAUAUACAAAAAGCCAAGGCAUCUAGCGAUUUUAUUUAAUAAGGAGGAAAAAGACCACAGAGAAAUCAUGCAUUUUUCAUAUC